UCUCCGUCCUUACAACUGAUCACAGGGAAUACAAAAUCUUCUCAACAAUCAACCUAGGAUCAUCAUAACCAGUUUUCACCCUGUCAUCAGAAGAAUCAGAGACACCUUACGUUUCAAACGCUUCGAACUUUGUGAAUUGUGAAUUUCUAAACCCGUAACUCUUAAAAAUAAUUUUAAUUUGCCAUGAAGUUUGUGUGCCUACUAAACUUUAUUUCAGUUCUGUGUACAACCAUAAAUUCACAGAAGACCUUCCUCGAUUCGUCUCAAAAUAUUCGAUUACUUCAAACAACCAAACUUCUGAGAGAAGAUAUUUUCGAAAAGACUGGUAAAACAGAAAGAGUUCGCCAAACAGCUAGAGAAAAACAUAUAGUUCAAGAUCGUGUUCCUGAAUAUGUGCCUUUUCCCUGUGAUGUCAAAGCUGGCAAGUCUUCAAGGGUACCAACUAGUGUUCAUAAAUUAAAACCUGGUGACAUCGAUAUAGUUGCUGCAAUGGGGGAUUCUUUAAUAGCCGGAUUUGGUGCAUUAUCGACUAAUCUUUAUCAUUUAUCGGUUGAAUAUCGAGGUGUUUCCUAUCUUGGAGGAGGCGAAGGUUCAUGGCGAGAAUACCUUACGAUUCCGAAUAUACUCAAGGAAUUCAAUCCAGAGCUGAUAGGCUACGCUAAAUCGGAUUCCUUCGCAUUCGAAGAAAAAUCUGAAUUCAAUCUUGGAACGACUGGAGCUACGUCUUCAGAUUUGCCGCUUAUGGCCGAAAGACUAGUAGAAAGAAUCAAAACCGAUUCUAGAGUUGAUGUAGAAAAACAUUGGAAGUUCAUCUCAAUAAUGAUAGGAGCCAACGAUUUUUGCUCUGAUAUAUGUUAUUUACCAGAUGCCUGGCUGACACUAAGCAAUCAUAAAAGCUAUCUUACAACGGCAUUAAGAAUUCUUCGCGACAACCUGCCUCGAACUUUUGUUUCUAUAUCUCCUCCUCCUCAUAUAAAGGAUUUGUACACAGUUACUGGAAGAAGACCGCGUUGUCCUAUUAUACUCAGCUUUGCAUGCCCCUGCAUCUUUGGAAGAAAGUGGAAUUCACAAAGAUCAGAAUUUUUCGAUAUUAUGACAAAAUUUCAGUUAUUAGAGGGAGAAAUUGCAAACCACCCCGAAUUUCAAAGAAAGGACUUUGCAGUUGUGGUUCAGCCUUUCACUAUAAAUUUAAAAUUCCCGACCAAAGAGGAUGGUAAGUCCGAUUUGUCUUACCUAGCAGCUGAUUGCUUGCACGUCACUCAAAAGGGAUAUGCCCGAGCUGCCAACUCUAUUUGGAAUACGUUGUUUGAGCCAGUGGGACAGAAAACUACAGGCUGGAUUGAACCUUUUGAGAAAUUUAAUUGUCCCACCUCAAAAAGACCUUUCUUCGCCACCUUGCAAAACAGCCAAGAUGAUAGAGAAGGAUAUUUUUUCUAGAAUUUAGGAGCAUUUUAUUUUCAGAUUUUUAUGAAUACUGCGCUGCGAGUUCUGGUCUUUUUAAUAAAAAGUUCUUGUGUGCUUCUGGCUAUCAUCAGGAAAUCCCUUCUCCAAAUAAGAACCAGAGUAGUAGAACGUCCGGAAACCAGCGAAUGUUGAAAGAACGCAUCACUCCAAGCACCCCAAGGAAUUCAUAUCGAGAAUACUGAAAAGUCUCGGUUUAUAUGUUCGGGAUUCGAGGGACCAUCAAAUAGGACGUGAAUGGAUAAUGAAGCCAAAUAUCUGCAGAUAUUUCUGAACACUUCUACUAGAGGACUCGGGGUGGCUACUCAAAUCUUGAAGUAAAUUCCUGGUUUAUUUAUAUUUUCUUCCCAAUUGGCUAUUUCACCAAUAUUGAAAAAAAUGCUUCAUGUUAGCCGCUAGAACGCAAAAAAAUCCUAGUCAUCUUUUAGUUUGCAAACAUUUUUCCCAGUAACUCCAAUAUUAUAAAAUCCAAGCUUUUAGAUUCCAGGUCCGGGUCCAGAAAUUUUUCAUUUUUUACGAGCAAAACUAAACUGGAAUUAAAGCAGUUAAAGUAGUACUCUUCUGAAUUAGAAGCAUUUAAAAUGACAACUUGAAACAUUUGAAAUUCAGUAAUUUUAAGUUAAAACGUUCAAUAAAUGUAAAUGUCUGUACAAGUAGAAAUGAAAGUAUCAAAGUAUAAAAUGAAAGAAUUCUAAUCUAAAUAUGAAAAUUUUUCAUAUUUCAUUUAAAGAAGUAAAAAUUACGGUUAUUUCGCAGACAAAAUCAUGAUUGUAUGCAGGUUAGAGUUUCUUUGUAUAUCAAAUCACUAUUUUUUGACAGUUCGACUCUUUACAAUAAAACAAACAAGAAGAACGUUUUUCAGCAAGUAAUAAAAUAUUAGCACAUCCUAUACAAUAGUAAAAAUAUUGUCAUGAAUUCCAUAAAAUUUUAUUACCUACUGCAGAGUACAGAACAAACUGCACCUUAAUUUUUUAUACGGAAUAACCAUAACUUUUUUAAUUAUAAGGACCUAAGUGAACGACGAAUGUUUCUCCAUAUUUCAUGAAGCACUCGAAAUGGAACUUAUAAAACUAAAAAUAGUAAUAUUAAAUCGAACUCAUAAAAUAUACUACAUAAUUUCAUGUAAUAUAAAGCUACACCUUGGGCUGGACCAGUUUUAAUGAACAGGUCCUUGCAUACUUUCUUGUGGUUUUUAUAGUACUUUCUGGAUAUUUAUGAAAGCUUGAAAGCUUGAAAUCUCAUGAAACUUUAAGGACCAAAUUUAAAAUCAUCGCAUAUAUCCUUUUUGAAAAAGGUAAUUUAAAAUAAUAAAUGCUUAGAGAAUUUAAUAAAUGCAACACGGUUGUUGUACCAUAUGGUGGGAAAAUAUCAAAGGCUUUGGGGACAUUAUUUGCGAAAAUUCUCAAAAACAUCCCCUGAACCUUCCUUAGGAACCUUCUCUGGUACGCGGAUAUUGAUCAACUUCCUGGAAUCUUUGUCAAACAUUAUUCGAAAUUCUCCAAACCUUCCAUUGGAACAUUCCAGAAAUUUGCAGGAAAACUUUUGUGCUGGCCGGGUAUAAAUUGAAGUCGAAAAAUUUUGGCUCUAAGUAGUGUAAUAUAUUCGAGAAAAAAUUAAGGAAAGGAGUGUGAGGUUGGUUUGGUUGGCGCUUCCCUUUUUCUCCCCCUUUUUUCUUUUGCUACACAACUGUCUCUAAUGAGCCAAUUACACCGAUUUUUAGAAACAUACUUCUCUUGUUUUAAGCCAUUUUGUGCAACCUCGUUUUACUAGUUGAUUUUCUAUAAGUUUAAGAUUUUGAAGAUUUUUUUCCGGAAACAAUUUACAGAUGAUUUUAAAUUCGGUUUGAAAACAUUCAUGGCAUUCCAGGGAACCAUAAUCAACCUGAAAAUCUCAUCUGCAAACCCUCUCAAUUAAAUCUGAUUCAGUCCAAUUGUGGUCAGUGACUUUUAAAGUUAUUGAAAAGGUUUUUCUACGAAUAAUUUGAAAAAUUUCCGAUUAAAAAAAAUUGUUGUAAUUUAACAAAUUGGCCAAUACAUAAAUGCCACCCUGAAUUCUAGUUAUAGCUUUUAAGUUUAUGAUUGUAAAUAAUUUUACAAAAUGUAAUUCUAGAAGAGACAAAAAGUAAUAAUUGUAUUAUCGUGCCCAAGUGAAUAAAGUUCAUCUUAU